UUUUUUGAGUGGGACAAAGAAAAAGUGAAUUAUAGUGGAAAAGUAGUAGAAGAGGGAGAGUUGACAAUGAUGAUCGGGUUGUGUGCUGUGUGCCUUUUGGCUUCUGUUGCUCUUAAUAUCUUUCUUGUGAGGAAUUUUUAUGUCGGUGAUGAGUGGAAGAAGCAGAGGCUGAGUAGUUGGGCUGAAGAAGCUGCAGCAGAAGCAGAAGCUGUGGCGUUGAUUUCUUGUUCUGGGCAUGGAAGAGCUUAUUUGGAUGGAGUUGUGGUGGAUGGGAAGCCUGUUUGUGAGUGUAAUACAUGCUACGGAGGACCUCACUGCUCUCUCUUUUCUCCUGAUUGUGCUGCUGAUGCUGAUGGUGGUGAUCCGUUGUUCUUGGAGCCGUUUUGGAUGCAAAAUCCUGCUGGAAGUGCAGUCCUGAUAUCAGGAUGGCACAGAAUGAGCUACGCAUUUCCAGGCUCUUCUUUCAUAUCACAAGAGCUCGAAAAUCACAUUCGUAGAGUCCAUUCCAUAGCCAAGAACGCUGUCACAGAAGGCAAAUACAUAGUCUACGGAACUGGAUCCACUCAGCUCCUCUCUGCAGCAGUUUUUGCCCUUUCUAUGAAUCUUUCGUCGCCUGCAAAGAUUGUAGCUCAAGCCCCUUACUACCCGACUUACAGGGUGCAAACAGAUUUCUUUCAAACGGCGUGGUUUGGGUUCCAGGGCGAUGCAUCAGAGCUGAAAAAUACCUCUGGUGAUGGUGCAGAAGUGAUAGAGUUUGUGACUUCACCAAACAAUCCAGAUGCACAGUUGAGAAAUGGUGUUUUGCAGGGGCCCCAUGUGAAGGCUAUAUAUGAUCAUGCUUAUUACUGGCCUCAUUACACAGCCAUUCCAGCUCCAGCAGAUGAAGAUCUAAUGAUUUUCACAAUUUCAAAACUCACUGGCCAUGCUGGAAGCAGAUUUGGAUGGGCUUUGGUAAAGGACAAGCAAGUGUAUGAAAACAUGAUGAACUACAUACAGAUAGCAGAACUGGGAACCUCAAAGGAUACUCAACUCAGAGCUCUGCAGCUUCUCAGAGCAAUUCAUGGCCAAAAAAUUUUUCAUUUUGCAUAUAAAACAAUGAGCAACAGAUGGGAGAAACUAAGCGAGAUUGUGUCGAGGUCUAACCGUUUUACGAUCCAAGAAAUCCCUCCUCGGUUCUGCAACUUCUUUGAGGAAGUCAGAGGACCGUCUCCCGCAUAUGCAUGGUUAAAAUGUGAGAGGGAAGAAGACUCAAACUGCAGGGCAGUCCUCCGGGCAGCUAAGAUCAUAGGCCGCGAGGGAAGCUUGUUUGAGUCUGAUGAUCGUUAUGUACGUCUCAGCCUCCUUAGGAGCCAAGACGACUUCGACUUGCUGCUGCGUCGGUUAAACGAUCUCAUCUCUGAGGAGAAAGGAGCACAAACCAUGUGAAGUCACAGAAUCAUCAAUCUCUGGUUGAUGGCCAUGUUUACCCACCUCUCAUUGCUCAAUUCCCUGUAAUACUGUAAUAACAACUUUAAACAGGUCAUGCUCAUCAUGACCUUAAGACUUACAUCAAAAAAAUUAAGAAUUAUAUUAAUGUAAGAGAUGUUGACAAUGAGAUACAAA